AUGAGAACCUGGUAUGAAAGUGCAGAGAAGGAGAAAGAUAUCGGUGAUAGUAAAAAUAAGGUAUCUGACAGAAAUCCGAAACCUGAUACACCAAAUCAUAGAAUAAAUUUAUUCGAAUGUUUGUGGGAUAACGUGGGCUGUGAUAAUUCUGCAGAGAAGGUAGAAAGUGUAGAGGCAAAGACAGUUAAUGUAGUGAAUAUUGAUCGACAUGAAGAAGGCAAAACAGAUAUAAGUGAAUUGAAAGUGAAGAACUUACCUGAAAAUGAAAGCUUCGGAGAAACUAGCUCAGAUAGUAGAGCUGAAUUUUGUGAAUCAGUGAUAGAGAUUGAAAGAAAUAAAAGGAGAAAAGAGAUAAAUGUGAAAAACGAUGUUGAUGAAGAGAGUCUUGCUGGAGAACUUUUGGAAAAUUAUGUGGAUUUGGAAAUUGGUUGCACAAAUUAUGUUGGAGAAUAG